CUACUCAUCAUAGAUCGACAUAUAUAUAAUAAAAAAAAAAAAAGGAAGUAGUCCUCUUUUAUUUUUUAUUUUUUUAUUUUAUCUGUUGAUUAGGGCCGGUGGAAAGUAUUGUUGGGUUGGUUACCUACCUACGUUUUCCCUCCCACCCACCCCUUGCAUGCAUCCCGGUUCGGUACAGUGCCAUGUCAGCAGCGCCACGUCACAGUGCCAGAUCAGCAGUGCCACGUCAGCAGUGCCGCGUCACAGUGCCACGUCUGCAGUGCCACGUCACAGUGCUAGAUCAGCAGUGCCACGUCAGCAGUGCCACUUCAGCAGUGCUAGGUCACAGUGCCACGUCAGACUCAGUGCCACGUCAGCAGUGAUGUCAGACACAGUGCCACGUAAGCAGUGCCACAUCAGCAGUGCCACGUCAGACACAGUGCCACGUCAGACAAAGUGCCACCUCGCUGCAAUCGAGGCUGAGGAACAACGCCAGUUGGCAGUCAAGGCUGCCCAGCUACAGGCUGAUGAAGCGGCAACAGCAGAGAAGCUGCGGCUACAGGCCGAAGCAAACGCAGAUGCCCAGGCUCGCCGCAAGGAAGCCCAGGCUCUGCUGCAGCGACAUGAAGCCAGCAGCAUCGAGAAAAUCAAGUACUGGCAUUUUGAACCAAACGGCGACGAGCCAACACCGGAAGAGCAGCAUAAGGAGUUCAUGGCCAAGCUCGUGAGCAGCAUUGCAUCCUCUAGCCGCCAACUGGAGGAACGCGUUGACCACGUAGUGGCAAUGCUCGGCGACAUCAACACCUUUGCUGCGCCAACCACCGUUAGCAGUCAGCUGCAUACCUUGAAGACCGAGUUCCAGCAGCUGCAGUCGACGAACGCGGAUGAGAAUCCGAAGAUGUACAAGAUGCCAACUUUCCAACUGGACAAGUUUGACGACUACACACAGCAGGAUCCGGUCCUCUGGUGGGAAGCAUUCACAACGCAACUCAGGAUUCUGCCGGUCGCCAAGCACGCGUACAUCGACGCCCUGUUCCUGAACUCGAAGGGCGGAUGCCAGACCUGGUUGAGCCACCUGGCAACCUCUCAUGGCGUCGACGUACCGGACUUGAAGGAUAAAAUCACAUGGGAGGAACUGACACGGCUGUGGAAGAAGCGGUUCAUCGUCGACGACGCACCGACUCUUGCCAUCAACCGUUCUCCUUACACUUACGUAGACUAUGCUGUCCACUUGGUUCCACCGCUCGACCAACCGCUCCACGUGCAACAAUCUACCGCAUGCACGGUUUCAACACCAUCGGCAACCGAUUCGGCAGUUUCGCCGCCAUCUAUCACCGCGGAUUCAUCGUCGAGGUCAAGACUUGAGGUGCUCGACCCAUUGACGUUCACGGACUUCCAGUGGAUGCCCGUUCCCCCGACCAGACGAUUGCUGAAACCGCAUUGCAAUGUGCUCAUGGCACAACUGCGAGAUUACUUGCACACUGCAGUACCGACUCCGUUGAUGGACGCCGGAGUAGAGGUCGUCGACCUUCACGUUUAUAUCGCGAAGAUCGACCGUGAGUUCAAGACGCAACGGUACGACGACAUCGACACACCAUUGCUAUACGUACACAUUCAGAUCGGAGAGGCGACCUGCAGUGCCUUGAUCGAUUGCGGAGCAUCUCGCAACUACAUCAGCCAGAACUUCAUGGUGCGCGCCGGCCUUGGCCCACGUGUCCGGAGGAAGCCCCAGCCUACGCAAGUCACAUUGGCGGAUGGUCACACGCACAAGUCAAUCGACCGGUGCAUUGACAGCGUCCCAGUGUACUUUGCCCCUCACUCAAGUGAGGCGGUGUCCUUUGACAUUCUGGACACCAAAUUCGACAUGAUCUUGGGCAUGUCAUGGCUGCGAAGCAAGGAUCACCCGGUGAACUUCUUCAACCGCACCGUUCACGUUCGUGACCGGAACAGAGUAUUAGUUCCAUGCACGGCGCCUCUUCCUCAUCCUUCGAUCAGCCGCCACGUGGUAUCCGCCGCAAGCAUGCGAGCUUCCAUCACCAGAGACGACAUCCAGGAGAUGGGGGUGUGUUUUCUCCACGCCCUCCCGCCCCAUGACGCUUCAUCGACGGACUCACCUUCGGAUCUACGCGUCACCGAACUUCUCAACGCCUACAGCGACUUGUUCGAAGGCCCGCACGGAGUAGUACCGGAUCGACCCAUCCGCCACGAGAUCAUCCUCGAGGACGGGACCGUACCUCCGCGCGGUUGCAUCUACCGAAUGAGCGUGGAAGAGUUAAGUGUGCUUCGGGCACAACUCGACGACCUUCUAGAGAAAGGCUGGAUUCGGCCUAGCUCAUCGCCAUACGGUGCUCCUGUUCUCUUCGUUCGGAAGAAGAACAAGGACCUGCGGAUGUGCAUCGAUUAUCGUAAGCUCAACGCGCAGACGAUCAGGAACGUCGGCCCUCUCCCACGCAUCGACGACCUUCUCGAGCGAUUGGGCGGCGCCCAGUUCUUCUCUAAGAUGGAUCUCAAGUCAGGGUACCACCAACUCAAGAUUCGCAAGGAGGAUCGCUACAAGACCGCGUUCAAGACACGGUAUGGGCAUUUCGAAUGGCUGGUCAUGCCAUUUGGCCUUACGAAUGCCCCAACCACUUUCCAAGCGGCUAUGACGACGGAGUUCCGACACAUGCUGGAUCCUUUCGGACUUAUCUACCUCGACGACAUUCUGGUUUACAGCCGGAGUCUGGACGAGCAUGUGGAACACCUGCGCACCGUUUUGGAGCGGCUACGACAGGCCAAGUACAAAGCAAACAGCGACAAGUGCGAGUUCACACAGCAGGAGCUGGAGUACUUGGGACACUAUGUGACGCCGCAAGGCAUCCGUCCGCUUGCGGACAAGAUCGAGGCCCUACGAGUAUGGCCCGAGCCCACCAACACCACGGACAUUCGUUCAUUCAUGGGGUUGGCGGGCUACUAUCAACGAUUCAUCACCGGAUACUCCAGGAUUGGUGCACCUAUGAUGAGGUUACAGUCGCCAAAGGUGCCAUUCGUAUUCGAUGACGACGCACGCCGGUCAUUCCAAGCACUUAAGACGGCUAUGCUCAUGGCACCCGUCCUUAGCAUCUAUGACCCCACCCUGCCAACGCGAGUGACUACGAACGCUUCCGGCUAUGGCAUUGGGGCAGAGUCCGGCACAACAAUGAAACCAAGUUCGACUCGACAUCCUCAGACAGACGGGCAGACGGAGCGGGCACAUCAAACCGCUCAAAUGAUGCUUCGUACACUUAUCCGUCCGAACCAGAAAGAUUGGGUUGACCGCCUCCCCGACAUCGAGUUCGCCUACAACACUUCGGUGCAUCCGGCGAUCGGCGUGACUCCAUUCAAGUUGCACCACAGUGGACGGAAAGGCCAGAUCUUCGCAGACCUUCUCCUCCCUCGACCAGCCGACAUUGACGCUGCCUGCUCUCCCGCUUCCGUCCGGAAGUACAGGGAAUUGCUAACUCAAGCCCGCACAAAUAUGCAAAAGGCUCAAGUUCGCAUGCAACAGCAAGCCAACAGGCGUCGCGUACCAUGUCCCAUCCGCGCCGGUGAUCUGGUUGCGGUCUCCGCGGAAGAGUUUUCACUGGAACAAGAUGUUUCACGCAAACUGCCUCCCAAGUGGUUUGGACCUUGGUCUGUGACAGCAGCCGCGGGCGAUGAGCCCGAUGGCCCUUCAUUUGUGAUCAGCAUUCCAGAGCAUCUGACGGUCCAUCCGGUCUUCCACGCCUCGAAGCUGGCAACAUACACGCCAGCCAAGAGUGACGACUUUCCGCACCGACGAUCGCAGGACCCUCCUUCUAUGGAUGGUCAUUAGGAAGUUGACCGCGUCAUCUCCGAUCGCAAGUACGGCAGCAAGCCGCGACAGUACAAAGUCACAUUCAAAGCAUGCGAUC